CUCUCUCUCUCUGAGUCUCCUGCUCUCUUGCAGUGCUUUUGCUGGCAUGAUCGCAUGAAACAGAACGUUCUGUCCGGGACGGGCUUACCUGUGGAAAGUGUGUGUUUUAAAAAGAUGAAAUACACUCUAGGAUUGAUUAAAAAAAACACUUGAAAUGCAGAGUCAUUAAAAGUGUGUCAGCCAAACAAUGGACGUCAUCUUCUGAAUGAUCAAUGGAUAGACUUUCUAUGAUGAGAAACACCUUAAUCCCUUCUUCUAAAAAGUGGAUUAUUUCUUGUCCAUCAGUGAUGGAUUGGAUCUAGCAAUGGGGGAUAUGGCUGCAUGAUUGUCUCUCCAUCCACAUGUUUCGUGGAACCACCAACAAACAUGUCUGAGCUUCCAUCACCUGCACUUUCAAAGAGGCCUUUGCAGGGAUCUCAGCAUGGGAUGUGUCUCCCGUUACACAGUAGGGAGCAAAGUAACAAUGCUUUCACCUCUGAGUCCCCAUCAUCACCAUCUUCGACGUUGCUCCUGUAUGAAAGAGGUGAGACGUCACCGGACACUAUACGUAGCUUGAGUAGUCUGAGUAGUGCCAGAACAGAUAGUCCUCUGGAUGUGGACAUGCCAGAGGUGGAGAUGGGAAAAGCAACAGCCAGCAGUGAUGAUUCAGGCAUACAGAGCCCAGAAUGCAGACCAGACUACAGUGAGGACAACGACAAUUCUGUGUCUGUCUAUCUGGAUGCUAAUGAAGACUGCUGGAGUGACAAUGACAACCAUAAUGUCACUUUGGUGGUAACACAGAAGGUUGGUCAAAGUGAUGGUGAUGAUACAUCCUUGUGCUCUUCAGAAAAUGGUGAUGAUGAUGACACUAAAGAGGAAGAGGAAGAAGACACUUUUCUUUCUUUAUCCUCAGUAGAAUUAAUAAUGAAGUGCCAAGUUGGUGUCUCUGCUCUGGAAGUCUCCACCAGCUCUGAAGUGCCAAACAGUGUUUCACCUGACAUUUCUGAAGGCCGGCCAGCAGAAGUGCCUAACAUUGCUGUGGUGAAUGAAACCCAGAGGGAAGUUGUCUCUGUUGAGUUAUCUUCAGCCAUUCAAGUAACUGACAUUGUGAAUGAGACAGUGGUGUCCCCUGAAAAUACUCCUAUAACAGAUACCAGAAACACAACAACUUCUCGCACAUCCAUCUCAAAAGUGGACAACCAGCCAAAGAAAACAGCAGAAAAGACCAGUGAUCUGGAAGGACGUGUUCUUGCCAAGCCUCCUACAAGGGCUGUUCUGACCAAAGCCACAAAACCUGAGGUGAAGAGGUUCCCCAGACCAGACCUGAGGAACGUGAAGGCCAAAAUCAUCUCCAGGGCCGCCUCUGUGCCAAGAUCAGCUGAUCCCGCAAAAACAAACACUAAUGUUAACCAGUCCGCUUCAGGGAGUGUGAAGGUUCAUGCUAGUAGGAAGGUGGAAAAUAAAGCUGUUGGAAAAAGAAGCAGAUCAUCAUCAAACCAUACAAGAGGGGAUGAAACAAAGAUGGUGGACCAUGGCAGUCAAGAGAAAGAUGUGAACACUUUAUCCUUGCCAACACAAGGGGAAGAAACAAUGAAGUCAGAAUGUCCUCCUUCAGCUGAUUGUAAAGAUGAAGGAGAACCUCAACUUGAGAAAGAAGCAGAGGAAGAAACCUCUAAAAGCACCAGCAAGACUGUGUCUUCCAAGUUGGGACCAUCUCUGGGGACUAAUAGGACAUCCACCUCUGGACCCCCAGAAACCAGACUAAAGCCCUCUAACCGAGAAACCCGACCUACAGGUAGUCUGGGUCCACUGGGAGGCCGAGCGGUUCAGCCGGCUGGUAUUCCAAGGAUGCGAAGCACAGACAAGUCUUGGGUUCAUGUGGUUUCCGGGGCCAUAUUCUAUAUGUUUGUGUGUGUCAUGUUUCAGUGUGAGUCUUCCAAACUGCCUGUCAAAGGCCUACCCACCAGCCCCAGCUCCUCAUCACUGGGAAGUACAAUCAGCGAAAGCAACAAUAUUGCUGUAAACAAAGUUCCUGCUGAAGGGAUAAAGAGUGAGGAUAAGUCUAUCAAACAGAUUCAAGGAAAGUCUCUAGUUAGCAAACCUGUAUCAGGUCACCGCAGCAGAGCAAGCUCCACGCCGUCUAAACCAGUCACAGGGCUGAAGGCCCCAGCUGUGACCAGCCACAUGACAGCUAAGACUAACCAGAAUGCUUUGCAACGCAGUGGAUCUGCACGACUUAUUCGCUCAUCAUCAGUAGCAGUGGACAAGAGCUCCAAAGGGCCCAGAGCUGCAGGGGCAACAGCUGGACGGACACAGCAGCACAGCCCAGCUAGUCAAGGAGGAGUGACGGAGGAAGAGGAAGAGAGAGAUCUUCGUCUUCAAAAUGAGAAGAAGAGUCACAUCCUGCACCUCCGUAAACUCAUCGCUAACGGCAAUCGCCGCCUGGAGGCUCUCGCCCUGGUUGUGCAGCACAUCUUCAGUGAGCGUGAGGCGGCAAUCAAACAGAGGGAAGAUUUUUCCAUCCAAAUCAACAAACUGCGAGAGCAACUGGGUAACUCUGUCUCGUGUUGUGAGCAGUUGGAGAGAGAGAAGGAUGAGGUGCGUGCAUCUUUGGAGGCGUUGUUUCAGAAACUACAGGAGCAGCAUCAGAAAGAACUACAGCAGCUGGAGGAAAGACUGAAGGACUUCUACUCCGCAGAAUGGGACAAGACCCACGAGGCCUAUCAAAGGGAGGCGGAUAAAUGCAGGGCGUUCAUGCAGCAGCAGGUGGAGGAUGUGAGGAACAAACAAGAAGCACUGAGGAAACAACAGGAAGUGGCACACACUCAGCAGAUAUCAACACUGAAACAGGAACAUGAGACGUCACUUGCAGAGCUCAGGAAGAUUCAUGAACUGGACAUGCAAGACCUUGAUAAAACACUCAAAGAGUCUGAAGCCAUGCUCAAUGAGAAAAUUCAGACUUUGACAGCAGAGAACGAGGCUUUGAGAGAAAGAAUCAGAGAAGAGGAGGAACGGAGGAGAGCUCUGGCAGACAAAAGCCAGAAGGACGCCCACACGCUGUAUUUGGAACAGGAGCUGGAGAGUCUCAGAGCCGUGCUGGAAAUAAAGACCAACCAGAUACACCAGCAAGACAAGAAACUCAUGCAGAUGGACAAACUGGUUGACGAUAAUUUGAAACUAGAAGAGUGUUUAAAGAAAGUCCAGCAGGAGAACGAGGACUACAAGGCUAGGAUGGACAAGCAUGCUGCACUUUCAAAGCAGCUCUCCACAGAGCAGGCCAUGCUUCAGCAGACCCUACAGAAAGAGUCAAAGGUCAACAAACGGCUAUCUAUGGAGAACGAGGAGUUGCUGUGGAAACUACACAACGGGGACCUUUGCAGCCCUCGACGUCUCUCACCCUCUCCCCCCUUUCACUCGCCCCAAAACUCUGCCUCCUUCUCCACAACUCCAGUAUCACCCAGAUAACCUCUGAACUCUGACCACACUCACUCAGAGGCACCUAUGGACCUUUUGACCGUUUUUAUUCCUAUAAUAGGACUUGUACAGUUUGUAAAGACUUGUAAAGUUUAUGAAUGUUCCCUCUACAGUUAAAGACAAUGAUGCACAGUUGCACUUCUAGAUCAAGGAAUUUCCUUGUUCAGUUACAUGCUUCUUCAUUAUUUAAUGUCUAUCUCUCCCUCACUUUUUUUUCCCCAUUUAAUCUCAAACAUACACCCAAUUUUCUCUGAGGAGGGAACAUACCUCAGGGAUUGUACAAAGAGUAUCUCUUCCUUGGACUGCCAUUUUCUGUUACUUGUGCAUUUUUAUCCUUUUUUUAAUUAAAAUGGUCUGUGCAUAGUAAGUAAAAGAUGUAAAGCCUACCUUUUCUUUGUAUGCUCACAAGAACACUAUAUGAUAUUUGCAAAAAGGAUGGAAAACAGAAAUCUUCUAUAUGCUUGGAUUGAAUUUUUAGAACAUUUAUACAGAAACGAAAAAAGACAUUUCAGGAAAGAAGCUUAAAUCUCAACCUCACUGUUUAAAUGGAGUGCAUAUACUGUAGGUCCAGAUCUCUGUUCCUAAUAUUGUGGAAUGUAUUUACUUCUCUCCCAAACUGUGUCCAGUGGCCCUCACAUCCAGAACGCUUUAGGUGUGAAUGUGUCCUCAACCGCAGUGCCCUUCUUUGCUUUAUUUUAUUUUUUAAUGAAUGCAUUACAUUUCUGGAUGUUUAUCCUAUUUUGUAUUGUUUAUUUUAAUACAAAUAAUAAAUUAAUAAACAGUUUUAUUUAAAAUAAA